UGAAAUAAAAUUUCCAUGUCAGAUUUAAAAAGUUAUCAAUUUUUUUAUUAGGCUUUUAAAUAUAACAUCUUUAUUAAAUAUAAAAAGUACUUUGUUCAUAUUCUGGUGACUAAUCGCAUUUUGUCUAACUCCAUCUCCAGCAUCAUCUCUGAACUGUUGAGGAUGAAAUAUUUAAUGUAAUUUUUUUAAGAGACGAGUGAUAGUUGUAAUGUCCGACGGCGAUCCAUCUCUCGAAGAAGACAUUCCCAAACCAUUACUCGAAAGACCAGAAGAAAAUGUGUUUUCCCCAAAGAUCACUACACCAAUAUACGCGGGCAGUGUAAAGCUACAACAUAAGCUAUCGGAUUCAGCAGAAACAGAAUCAUUUCUAUCGGAUGCUCAACGUAACGACCUCGCUUUUCAACAACUCUUUCAAAAUGGAGAUGAGAACUUUCACGAAAGGGAGAAGGAGACGCAAGGGAGGAUGGCCGAUCUUCAGGCCAUGUCGGUUCUCAGCACGUACCAAGACAAUCUUUCACAGGAUAUGAAUACAGAUAGAGAUGAUAGCGAGGCUUCAACAAAAACCGCAGAGGAAUGUGGUUGUGGGCCAACAUAUCCUGAUUCGGCCAACAAUAAUAGUAAAUCCACUACCAAUCAUUGCUCGAUAGUAAUGGGUGGAAUCCUAAACAAUCCUUCACUAUCUUUCAAUGACGGCGUACGUUCUGUAGACUUUGUGUUAGUAUGGGAAGCGGGCAAGGAAGAUGCGACAUCGAGGGAGGCGUACGAACAAAGGAAAGUUUUUGAACAGAAUCUCGAAAAUGAGGGCUUACAUCUAGAAAGGGAGGCCCCUGAAAAUCUACACGGAUUGCACUUUAUCAAGAUUCACGCGCCAUUGUCUGUACUUAGAGAUUAUAGUGAGAUAUUAAAACUAAGGAUGCCAAUGAAGGAUUGCAGUAAGAUACGAAAAAGUGGGCGGACUAAUGCGAUACUGAGCGCUGCCAUGUAUAUGUCUAAGUUUUCAGCUCUAAAAGAUGCACCAGAGAAAACUAAUUCCUUCCUAGAUCGUAUGGACGCAUGGUGGGACGGAAUUAUGUCAAAUAUAAGAGUGGAUCCGAACCUCUUCCCUGAAAGAAAACAUCGACUCACUGCCAUUUAUUCAAAGGAUAAGGAGUACUUAUUUGACACGACGUCGGAUUGUUUCUGGACACCAUCGAUAAGAUCUCGUAUUGUGCAAUUUAUUCUGGAUCGAAAGAAAUUCUCGGAUUCCCCGACAGAUGACUUCGCGUUUGGAGUUGCUAGGCUCAUAUCAAACAACGUAUACAGCGCAGCGUAUCCUUUACAUGAUGGUGAUCUUAAAACUCCGGGUUCAAUGCGUCACCUGCUGUAUACAGAAUGGGCGAGUGUCUCCAAGUGUAUCAAAUACCAACCACUCGACUACGUCAAGGACUACUUUGGAGUUAAAAUUGGGCUUUACUUCGCAUGGCUGGGGUUCUACACACAUAUGCUUAUCCCGGCGUCACUUGUUGGUCUCAUAUGUGUUAUAUAUUCAGCUGCUACUAUGUAUUCUGAUAAACCGAGCGAUGACGUAUGCAAAUACAACUCGUCGAUAAAGAUGUGUCCACAAUGCGACUUCCACUGUGACUUCUGGGAUCUGAAGGCCACCUGCCUUCAGUCUAGGAUAACGUAUCUCUUCGAUAAUUCUACAACCGUGUUUUUUGCGAUAUUCAUGAGUUUUUGGGCGGCAUGUUUCCUUGAACUAUGGAAGCGAUAUUCAGCUGAAAUGACGCAUCGUUGGGAUUUAACUGGCUUCGACGUUUACGAAGAACAUCCAAGGCCACAAUAUCUAGCACGGCUUGCGCAUGUCAAAAGAACCCAGCUAAACGUAGUCACCGGCGAAAGAGAACCAAUGGUUCCGUUCUGGCGUAUGCGUCUUCCCGCAGCGCUGAUGUCAUUUAGUGUGGUAGCACUGCUGGUGUUACUGGCUCUAGCGACGGUAUUAGGAGUGGUGUUAUACAGGAUGUCCCUUCUCGGAGCUUCAAUAUUCCGGGAACAGGAUCCGAACUCCCUGAUCGCAUACAGCCCUAUAAUGUUCACAUCUGCCACGGCUGCCUGUAUUAAUUUGGUGUUCAUUUGCAUUUUUAAUUAUAUAUAUCAAUUCUUAGCGGAAAGGCUAACAGAGAAGGAACUGUUAAGAACUCAAACAGAGUUUGAUGACUCGUUGACAUUAAAGAUAUACCUUUUACAAUUUGUCAACUAUUACGCGUCCAUUUUCUACAUAGCGUUCUUUAAGGGCAAGUUUGUCGGAAGACCGGGAGCUUAUAUGCGACUUUUUGGUCAGAGGCAAGAAGAGUGUUCACCUGGUGGUUGUUUCCUCGAACUCUCCAUCCAGCUGGCCAUCAUCAUGGUGGGGAAGCAGUUCAUCAACACCAUAGUAGAGAUGUUGAUGCCCUAUCUGCUUAAGUGGUGGAACAUUAUACGUGCCAUCGGCAGGAAAAACACGAUAAAGAGCUCUCUGCGAUGGGUGAAGGACUUUAAAUUGGUUGACUUUGGAAAUAUGGGUCUGUUUCCCGAGUACUUAGAAAUGGUAUUACAAUAUGGUUUCGUGACGAUAUUUGUGGCGGCGUUUCCUCUGGCGCCAUUGUUCGCGCUCAUCAACAACGUAUUGGAGAUGAGGCUUGAUGCUUCCAAGUUCCUUUCGUGUUAUCGCCGUCCUGUGCCCCAGAGAGUCAAUGAUAUUGGGGUGUGGUAUAGAAUCCUGGACUCUAUUGGGAAGGUCAGCGUUAUUACAAAUGGUUUCAUAAUAGCGUUCACGUCAGAUUUUAUACCGCGCCUAGUAUACAAAUACACAGCGGGCACAUUGGACCAGUACGUCAAUCACACGCUCACUGAUUUCAAUGUAACGGUGUUGGAAACACACCCUUUGAAGACAACGUAUAAUGGGAGUAUGUGCAGUUACCCCGGGUACUGGUCGUACAGCGAAGGCGAUGAUUACCAGCACUCCAAUUGGUAUUGGCACGUGAUGGGUGCACGACUUGCAUUCGUUGUCGUUUUUGAGAACGUGGUAGCAUUGGUCAUGAUAAUCGUCCGUUGGGCAAUACCAGACAUGUCGGGCGAAUUGCGAGAUAGGAUCCGACGCGAGGCCUACGUCAUCAACAGUUUCAUAAUGGAGGAGACAAGAGCUCGCUCUCUCGCUCACACACCUGUACCAAACCGCGUCAUGAGCGAGACAGGAAAUGGAAGACCUCAAGGUCACCGCAGUAAUAACACGGUUACGGUGGCACAGGGGAAUCGAACUGGAACCACAUAGCCGCCUUGUCUGGCUCCGACUUCGAUCUGGCGGCGCACGGGGAACAUCUGGACAUAAGAGAUCUGACACACGUCACACAUCCAAGCAGGGAUAGAACGCCGCCUGCGCAUGUCUAGUGUAGUUUGGUGUGAACUUGCGGAUUGUAUUUACGUGUUCGGAGUACAUUUUAAGCGGUUUCGGCAAGCUUACCACGUAAAUUAAUGACUAACGGCCUGUUUCACAAUGCAUGGAUAAAGUGCCAAAUAGCUAUGCAACACAUAAAUUAUUCGAAAGAUAAAAGUUCCAAAUAAGAUACUUCGAAUUUCAUGACGUAUAACGCUAUCUGACAGUCGUGAAACGCAAAAAUACUAUUUAUCCUACAAAUAAGUAACAAGUAGCUUUUUUGGAACUUAUCCGGACAUUGAGAAACAGGCCCUUAAUCAGUUAAAGUGAUAGUGGUGUCAUCUAACGAUGAAUCUCAAUUUAUGCCUCUGAUGUAUGUAUGACGGAAAUUAUGUGGUUCGAAGACGAAGAAGAAAUCAGGUUUGAAAUCACGAUUGAAGAUACGUGGUAAGCUUGCCGAUUUUUGUGAUUCCGAUUAAAGGUAUCUUUUGUUGUGGCGCCAAUAAUUCACGCGACUAAUUUAUUUAUAUUUGACCGGUUAAUAAAACUUUUUAUUACGAAAUGUGAGGCGAAGUUUUGAGGAUUCUAUUUACUAACUUUAUUACUAAACUAUUUUAAACGCCGUCGCUAUAUAAUUAAAUAUUUUGUAUAAUUGAUAUAUAUAUGCUAUAUUAUCUUAUACUAAGUUUUAUAUAUAUAUAUUUCAAUUCACUAAAAUUUGCUUAGACCUUUAGUGCCGUAUAUACCUCGCAAGCACAAUGUUUAGUAAUUUUUCUUACUUUUAUUUAAUGUUAUUAAAUCAUUUAAACACUUCUUCUAAGACUAAAUACUAAUUUAAUACAUUAAUAUAAAAAGUUUACACUAAAGCACAUGAAAUAAGUCAAAAAAGUUCCUGUCUCGAAAUAUUUCGUGUACUUAAAAUCAUAUCAAGUAGUUUUUAUGCGAGACAUUCAUUUAAAUGAAUAAAGAAACGUAAUUGUAAGCUACACAUUUAUAUCAUAUACGCAGAUCCGUUAUAUAUAUAUAUAUAACUCUCUUUAAUUUAUAUAUAGCUCUCUUUAUUUUUUUUUUUCAUUGAAUUUUUUCUAGUUUUGCAGUAAUUUUAUUUUGUCUUUUUUGUAGGGAAUUAUUAAAAAAAAUCUUUAUAUAGUAUUGUUUAGAAAAAUCAGAAAUGUAUCGAGGGCUUUUAAUAAAUUUGCCAAAAAAUUGCCUAAGCUUAGCGAUGGUAAGUAUAAAUGAAUCUCACUUGAUUUUAAAUAUUAUUCAAAUUACUUUUGCUUAAAGCUUUUUAUAUAUUAUGUAACUUAUUAAUGUUAUUCUGGGCACAAAACAAAGUUUUGUUAUAACUCAUUUAGUCAAAGAUUUCUAGCCGUUGUAUAUCUUCCAUGUAAUUUUGAUGUAAAUAUUAUUAUAUAAAAUAUAAUAUUUGUGUUUAUAUACUAAAUGUUAUUUCACUCGAAAAAAUCACCAUUACAUAUUAAGCAAAAAAUCGAUACAGAUAAUUAUUAUAUAACGUUUUUAUAUUAUAAAUCAAUGUCGCGGUUUUUACUUUGGUUUGGUAUGCUUUAUGACUAUAUGGCUCCAUUAACUGAAACAUUACAUAAUCCCCCUUAUUGAUGUAAUUCUUUUAACGAUAUCUAUUCGUCGGUAUGUAAAAUCGUUUACAUAAUAUAGAGGUCUUUACGAUAAAGCCGGUUUUUGACAGCUCGAACAAUUGUAUGAUUGUCUAUUCUUUUCCGUUCACAAUUUUACGUGUUGUUUUGAAUAACAGUUAUUAAAACAGCGUUAGAAGACUUAUUGUUAUAUAAGGGGUGUAAUGUGGUGCUUUAACAAUUUCUUUAUGUAAUAAACUAUGUUACUAGUCUUAAACGUCUCGAAAUCAUACUCGAAGUAAUGUUAUAAAAUCACAACUAGAUGGUAAAUGAAAAUGAAAUGAUGCACUUUCUGACAAUAAUAUUUGGCCAUCCUUAACUUUGAUUUCCGUUUUACUAUUUGCGAUUGAUGAUUUGGCUGUGUUUAAAUUUUAAACGCUAGGAAACAAAUAGUUGUUAGAUAUCUAACUUUAAUUUUAUAUUAAACGAUGCAGUCGUGGCGUUACAAGGUUUAUUGAAUUGUGAAUCCCACUUUUAGUACCUCAUGAUAUACAUUUCCAGUGUGGGUGUCUCCUUUUUUGGGGUGACACCCACCCGGUCUCUCAACUUUAAGAACGUAUUGUAUUCUACAUUACAAAAAAAUCCCAAGCAUGUAAAAAAAUAUUUUUCAAGGAUUCCUCCACUAGCACAAACUCAUCUCUAUGUAGAAUUCGGGGUUUCCCGCAAACGAGCCUGACUCUGUCGCGGGGGAUUCCCCGUCCCAUACUCGCGAUCUUUUAAUAAGUGAUCCUUGUCCUUUAUCAUAUGAAAGUUAUUGCUUUUUACUUUCGAUGGGGUGACACCGCCAACUUCCGCAUCUGGUGCCACCCAAGGUACGCCACUGCCUAUUUCCCUAAAAUUGAUACGAACGCGAUGUAUUUUGUUUGUUUUAGAUCCCACGACUGUAAGAUAGGUUAGUGAUGUGGUAGUGAGUCGCUUUUGAUGUUUACCAUUUUUGGAGUUUAAUGUACGCUUUAUAUUUACAUGUUCAAUAUAUGGAAAGUUGUA